CUGGCGGGUAAUUGCUCGGCCGCUCGGUUUUCAUUGUCUGUGAGGGAAGAGAGAGAGACAGAGAGAAAAAAAAGAAAAAAAUUUGAAAAGAAAUUAAAAUUCGAUUCGUUUUUUUUUCCGAAAAAAUCUAUAAAUUUAACCAAAAAAAGAGAACGGGAGCCGAUGGAGAGAAACGAACCGAACUCCUGCCAAAACCCCCGGCCCUUUGAGAGAAAAAAAGCAGGCGAGAGACGGUGAUGAGGAGAUUAAAAUCUCACCUCCCCCCUCACAGGCUGGCAGGAUUGUUAUAGGAGAGCGGCGGAAAAAAAAAACACGCUCCCCGGUGUAACGAGCGGCACCGAGCUCUGGCUUUGCCGUGCGAGUAACCGGGGCUUCGAUCUCUCGGCGAAGCCUUUUCCUCCCCAAAGCUCCGCUUUAAUUCCCGUCGUGGCCAGCGAUGGCUCGGGCUCCGGCGCCCGACUCUCCGGAGAUGAGGAAGAAGAGACUGUAGAGACUAUAUAUAUAUAUAUAUAUAUAUAUAUAAUAAUCCUAUAAAAUAAGGAUUGAUUUAUCCCGAGAGUUCUCUCUCUGAUUUUUUUUUGUUGUUUUUUAUUUAUUUGGGGAGUAUUUUUUUUUCUGUGUGAGAGAGAGAGGGAUUAUUAUGGCUAAAACUCCGAGUAAAAGCGGCGGUUUGAGGACUGGCAGGAGUUUCCUGGAUGAGCUGCGGCACUUUCACAGGAGUAAAGGGACAUCCUUUAGAAAGAUCCCAAUAAUCGGAGGGAGAGAGUUGGAUUUGAGUGCUUUAUACAGCAGAGUCACCUCACUCGGGGGAUUCGCCAAGGUAACAGAUAAGGGUCUCUGGGCAGAUCUUUUGGAGGAGUUCAACUUUCCAAGAGGUUGCGCCAAUGCAGCUUUUGCUUUGAAGCAGUACUACCUGAGGUACCUGGAGAGUUACGAGAAGUUGCACCAUUUCGGUGAGGAUGACGAAGUACUUACACCGACCAAUUCUCGACCACAGGGUGUAGUCUCUGGGGUUCAUCUGUUUUAUAAUCGGCAUCAGCACAUUAUUCCAGAAAGUGUACGUCGAGGUUAUGGGCUUUUUACAGAAUUUACCACAAUCAGCGACUAUAAUAAAGUGGUGCUGUCUUUACUUUCGGGACUUCCAAAUGAAGUGGAUUUUGCAAUCAACGUUUGUACACUUAUGUCACACGGGAACAAACAAGUACUACAAAUGGAAAAAGAUCCGAAGGUUGUUACACUGCUGCUUGCACAUGCUGGGAUUUUUGACGAUAGUCCAGGGACUUACUUGAAUGUAUAUGAAUCAGAAUGGAAAGUUAAAUCUGGAAGGGACUUCAUAAAGUUUUGGAAAGAGACAGUUGAAGACCAUGAAGUACGGGAGCUUAUUGGAGACAAAAGUCAAAAAUCUAAAGAAGCUGCUAGCGAUGAUCGAUGGGACUCUGUCUUGUUCCACCCUCCACAGAAAUUGGGCAUUAACGACCUAGAAGGGCAAAGGGUGCUGCAGAUAGCAGUUAUUAUCCACAAUCUAUCCAUGGAAGAAGGGAACGCCAAGCUGCUAGCUAACCGAACAUGCCUGCGGUUCCUGCUGUUAUGUGCUCACAAUAGUCACGUCUCACUUAAGCAAAUGGGGCUGGACACACUAGGGAAUGUAAUGGCAGAGCUGCAGUUGGAUCCCAUCGACUUCCAAAGUACCCAGGUGAUUUUUCACACCAUUACAAAAUGCCUUUACUCUACAGACAAAUGGUUUCGAAUUCGAGGAAUGGAAAUCUUGGCUAACCUCUGUAAAAUUGAGGAGAAUGUAGAUAUUAUCUGUGAGUGUGUGGAACAGGAAUCUUAUCGAGAGAUUGUGAACCAUUUGUCUCUCCAAGAUAUUUUGCUGUUACUGGCCAGCCUGGAAGCUCUGUAUAUGCUGUCGAGCCUGGGAGAGGUGACCUGCACCAAGAUCAUCAAAGUGGAGAGAAGCAUCGAUCAGCUUGUUUGCCUAGUGUCUGUGGACAUGCAAAACUUUCCUCCCGAUGCACUAGCAGCAGUCAAGUUAGUAGAACAGCAGAGCACUCUUCAACAGCCUACACCAGAGACGAGUCGGUCAGUCACAACAGAGAAUGUUUCAAACCAGAGCACACCUGUAACAGCAAUGAGGCCUCUUGGAGUCCCUUCUGCCAGCCUGUUGGAAGCAGACAGUGAGACGUUUACAUGCCAGUGGUUGAAUGCCAACUUUGAGGAAAGUGCAGAUAGUUCAAUAUACCGAGUAGACCUAUACUCUGAGUACCUCUCACUGUGCAGUAAACUGGGGAGCAGUGGCAUCCUAACAUCCACAGGGUUCACCAAAUGUCUCCGAUUGACUUUUCCUAACCACACAAUAAAGAAGAUCGAAGAUGCUGGUGCUAAUGGUCAGUCACAAUUUCACGUGGUUGGGAUCAAACGUAGAACUGUACCUCUUCCUGUUGGAACAUUUCAUCAAGAACAGCAAACGCCAAAUCAUUCCUUUGCCACAAUAAAAGCAAGCUCUGCUUCCAGUACAACGGUGAAUCCCAUUGCUGUUGGCAUGACGGUACCUAGCCCAGCUGUUCAAAUGCACAGAACCCUUACACCUACAAGUCAAUCAGUCACGCAAAUCCUCUACACAACCCAGACACAGAGUGUUGCCCAGCUGCCUCCUGGUAUAAGUACUCCUAUCCAGCAGCAUCAAUACUGUACUAUUGCAAGCAAGGUGCCCACACCUAUAGGAGGGAUACAGCCUAAUACUAUCCAGGCAUCUGCUGUUCAUCCAAAUUUUCAUUCUGCAGUAACCACGGUAGUUCCUGGAAAUGCUGUAAUGCAAAUGGCAGCGACCAAAGUCACUACAGCAGUGCAUCUGCCCACUGUGACCACAUCUGUUCAUCUUCCUCAUGUUGCUGUUACUCACCAAUCCCUUGCUGGUCAGCAGUCUAUCUGUUCAACAACAACUGUUCCUGUUCUCCAUCAAACACUGCCUAAUGCUCAGUUUGCUUCACGAAUGCACCCUAUUACAAGUGCUGCCAUAGUUUCUCAAGGACAGCUUAUCCAACCUUCUACUGCCCAACCUGUGCAAGUGCAUCUUCAAUACACAGCAGCUCCCACUACUGUUGUAUCUCCCGCUGCUGUCCAACUGCCGAGCAAUCAGACUUUUACCAUAGCAGGCAGCCACAACUCUGUUUCUUCUCAGACAUUUCAAAAUAUUAGUCCAACACCAUUAACUAUUGUCAGCAAUUCCACCCAGUUUCAACAGCAACAAGGCCAACAAAGCGUCCAAGUGAUAGUUGGACAUCAAGGUCAAGUUUACCCUGCCAGUUUUCAUCAGAUUGUUCUAACAAAUCAAGGUGGAAUUUCUUCUGCCCAGUUACCACCACCCUCCCUGGUGAACCCCAGUACCUGUGGUCAAGUGCUUUCUGUUCAGCAGCCUCCAAUUCAAGUCCAUGUUCAACAACCUUCCAUAGGAGGUACUCAAUCCAGUACUGGUGAAACCAGUGUAAUUAAACAGUUACUACUUCCUAAACCACCACCUCAUUCCCAAGCAGGUAAGCUCCUACUUCCUAUCCCACAAGUGUCAUCUUCUGUUACUAGGGCUCAAAGUCCACAGGUUGUUUAUCAAAUGAUGGCCAACACAGCACCUAGUGUUGGAGUUCAACCCCAGUCUCAGCAGCUGGUUGUAAGUCAGUCAAACUUGCAAAUCUUGCAGCCACAUGGAAGCCUACAAACUGUGCAAAUUAUUCCUGGCCAAUUCAUUUCUACCACCAGCCCUAGCACCAUUCUCCAGGGACCACCUCUGAAUCAACAAGUUACUGUCACUGUCAUACCGAAUACCAAUUUAACCAACACACACGUAACCCAGGUAAAUACGAAACCUGCAAACAGUCUUCCUGGAGAUCACAGUGCAAAACCAGUCAUCAGUACCCAUGUUAUCCAGUCGUCACAUGCUCCAUUCAACCAAAGCAACAUAAAAGUUGAUGAGUUUGAGGGCGAGAAAAACGUUUGUCAGAAUGCUGAGGAUGAUACAAAGAUGCUCAGUUCACAAUCUCAAGAACAAACUGUUGGACUGAUAGAAAAUUCUUUCUUGGGUAAUGCUUACAAUGCAAGCAAUGGACACCUAAAUGGAAGAGUUGAUCAGACUGGGAUGCUACUUAAUGGGGAAAGUAAGAAGGAGAACCCCAGCUCAGGGAUGAAUCAUUGUGGUUUUGUGGAGAGCACAUCAGCUUUCCAGGAAUCGAAAGCUAGUAGCGGGGAAAACUUGACAAAUGGGGAUCCAAUUUUAGAGAAACCUGGUGCAGCAGAAAUGAAAAAUGUUUUAAGAAGGCCUUUGAUCAAUGGGGACUCUGAUUUUGCUAAAGGCGAUCGUUCGCACAUAGGGAAAGAUAUUCCUAAUGAGAAGUCAGUCGCAUCUAACCAUUUGGGAAAUGGGGAAAUUCUUAAUCAAGAGCACCAAGGUGCAAAGUGUCGUCUGGAUGGUGAGAAUAGUCAACCGGGCAAAAUGUGCAAUGGACCUUCUUCAAUUUCCAAUGUGAAAACGCAUGCACACACUACAGUAAUAGUACCAAAUCCUACAGUUCAGCAAGCACACAGGAACUCCGUAUUAACGAGUGGAACUGCAGCAGUCACUUUUAAUGUAACCUUGCCUCAGCCACAUCAUAAUGGCAAUGUAGUUGUACAAUCCAACCCUACAGAAUCUUCUCAAGUGACCACCUGUCAGAGCAGCAAUACACUUUCUGCUUUAAAGCUUUCCACCUGUGAAGGUCAGCCAUAUCGACAAGCCAUCAAGCGGCCUGGUGAGGACACAACUGGCAUUUCCAUGGCAGGUAUCCCAAAUAAAGUAGGGGUGAGAAUAAUGACUGUUAGCGACCCUACAAAAGCUGGUAGCAACACCAUGAUGGUGGCUGUCCCUGCUGGAGCCACCAUUAAUACAGCAACAAUAGCAGGGGUUCCUAAAGUAAGUUCUCCUGCUCCAGUGUCCAGUCAGCAGACAGUAACCCAACACCCACAGUCACAGGUUUCCCCAGCAGUGGAGCAUUGUACGGGAUCCCACAGCUCUCAGGUGCCAGUGUCUGCUCCAGAAACCGAAUCUGCCAAGAAACCCAGCCAGAGCUUCAUGUGUCUUUGGAAAGACUGUAAGAGGUGGUUUGAGACACCUUCCCAGGUGUUUUACCAUGCAGCUACUGAGCAUGGUGGAAAGGAUGUGUACCAAGGUCAAUGUAUGUGGGAGGGCUGUGAGCCACUUCCUCGACAAAGGCUUUCAUUCAUCACACACCUGCAGGAUAAACAUUGUUCAAGGGAGGCAUUGCUUAUUGGACUGAAGAGGUUGGAGCAGAAAGCACAAACGAGCACCUCACAAACUGCAGUAAGGCAUUCUCAAUCAGAUGGUACAGCUCCGACACCCAAGUCUCACAAGGCCUUGGUCAAUCACCCCAGCGCUGCUCUAAUGGCUCUAAGGAAAGGCUCCCGCAACCUUAUUUUUAGGAAUUACUUGGAUGAGAAGGAAGGGCCAAUUGUGAAGCAUAUUCGUUUGACUUCUGCCUUAAUUUUGAAGAAUGUUGCUAGAUACUCAGAGCUUGGGCGAGUGUUGCUGAAGCGGCAUGAGAACCACCUAUCUGUACUGGCCAUCAGUGGUAUGGAGGCUUCCACUGCACUUGCUAAAUGUCUUUUUGAACUCAACUCGCAAGAACAAUCAGAGUCAACAGAAAGCAAACGUUGAGGAAAAACUUGAUACAAUAAAAAUCCAGCAACAGGAAACAAGGGUCAAAGGAGGAAAUGCAAUCAUUGUGCAGAUGAAGAACUGGAACCUUACUGUCUACAUUUUGUACUUGUUUACUAUAACACGAAAUUAAAAGAACUGAUCUUUUUAAAUUAUUGGUUUUGCAGGAAUGUCAACUUCCUGUAACACCUUAGUCUGUCAUCUCGUUCUAGACUUUUCCAUCAGACAGAAGGUUUUGUGACACAGGAAGAAGUGGUCAGUCUAAAAAGAGAACAUUAGCCUGGUCACCCAUACACUCGCACAUACUCUCAUACACAUACUUUCACUCACACACUCGCACCUGUACCCGCUCGCACCCGUACCCGCUCGCACCCGUACCCACUCGCACUCAUACCCACUUGCACCCAUACCCGCUCGCACUCUUGCACCCAUACCCGCUCACACCCGUACCCGCUCGCGUUCUCGCACCCGUACCCGCUCGCGUUCUCGCACCCGUACCCGCUCGCAUUCUCGCACCCGUACCCGCUCGCAUUCUCGCACCUGUACCCUCUCACACCCAUACCCACCCGUACCCACUCGUACCCAUACCCACCCGUACCCAUUCGCACCCAUACCCGUUCGCCCCCAUACCCACCCGUACCCACUCACACUCUCACACCCGUACCCGCUCACACACUCACACACACUAAAAGCAAGAACCUGAACAGAAAAACUGCUGGUAACGGUCUACAGGCACCUGUAAAACUUUGCAGUUAGUCUAGGCACCUGCCUCAGGGAGCCUUCAACUCAUCACUAUUCUUCCUAUGAGAGAGAUCUCUGUGAUUUAAAAAAAAAUGCCCAUGGAUAUAGAAUUUUUGUCCAUAUAUUUAUAAGAAAAAUCUCAUGUUUCAUUUCCCUUUGCAUUUUUUCCAAAAUGUUGCAAAUUAAUUACUCAUUGGAACUUCAGUCAAAACUGCUCAUUGAGUAAGUCUCUCUUUGCCCUAAAAUCCUGCAAAAGCCCAGUUGGCUGCUAGUCAAUGCUCGUGUUUAGAGCUAGAGUCCCUCAGCUUUCUGCCAGGGAAGAGUUUCCUGCAUUCAGAUAUCUGGAUACAGUUUUGCAGUUGACAUUUACGGUUUUAAAAGCUGCAAACUGCACAACACUUGAAGUCUUCCCACUUUGUCCCCUGUUUGAAGUGGUGCAUUUUCCAUUUAUUUAUUAUAUGUAAACUAUCAGAUUUGAUGUCCCCUUUUCAGAGUUAUGUAAAUAUUUGUGAAUAUCGAAAAUGCCUACAUACCAUUGCAGGAGAAUGAAGGGAAGUGAGGUGCAGCAUUGCAAGGAGUGAAAUCUGGGUGAGCGCUAGGAUAGAGCCCAAAUUAGCUAUAGGGCAGAAACAUAGGGUGUCUUUCUGGCCACUGCUGCAGGCAUCCACACUAAGGCAGCUUUGUACCAGUUGUAGUACCAACCUUGUGCCACCAGAUGUUGCCAGCAUGCUUUGAAAGUGUGACACCAUAGACAUUAACAAAGCUUAUCUGGUGGAGAUAAUAUGAGAUUGCAGCAAUUUCACCACUACAGUUAACACUUGUUAAUUGGGACACCAGGGUGAAAUUUAAAUCUUCCUAUUUUUCAGAAAUGUUUUGCUUCAGUAGGGACAAUCAGUACAGCUCUAAAUACGUGGAAUCAAUUGGUGCCUGAGAAAAUAUUCCAUAUGGGAAAAAAAUACUCCCAUUAACCCUUGUCCCCAUUAAUAGCAUGAACUUCAUUUUGUCUUGAUGGCACCUUUUUUUCAGUCAGCUUACAUUCAUUGCACCACUGGCUAACGUGAAGAGUAAGCGCCCACCUAGAAUCAAAGGAUCUAGUUUUUGUAUGUUACCUGCCAUAUGUAUGUAAAAGCAUAUACAUAAAACACUGCAUCAAGCAGUGUGGAACUGUGUACAUAACUUCACAAAGGUACUGAUGCUGUAUAAUAAGAUUGGCACAGUUUUGUGCAGCUGUGGUUUUUGUAUUAUACACCAUGUAAAGCUUUUGCUUGUUAUGAAAUAAUAUAUCGCAUCAUUUUUCUAUAAAAGGUAAAAAUUCCAAGACAGAUUUUUUAAAAAAUCUGUUACAGCAUUUUUCCUGAGAUUAGGGCCCAUUUUAGAAAACCUUUAGUCGCAGCACAACCUUCAGAACUUGUAUAGGAAGUUUUUUUUAAUUUGUAAAUGUAUUUAAAUACAUGACGUUUUAUACAGCUUUAUUUUCACCUGUGUUAUAUUUGUAAUUCGUGUAGGUGUGAUAUUUCCCUUGUUAUUCCUUUGUUCCGUUUUUCUACCCGUGACAUAUUAAAGUGUUUUUUAGUGUACAGUAUAGUGCCUCCGCUUUUGGUACAACGUGACUUUCAUGCCUUUGGUCAGUUUGUGUUCUCUUGGUUUCUUUGUGUGCCUCGCCACUGAUGAUUCCCUGGUAUGGUUGGCUAAAGGGGAAUAUAUUGCUAUUUAAAUAUAAUGCAUACUAACCAUAGGAUUGCAUUGUGCCCUCCUGAUAGUUCAGCAGUGUAAAGCAGUGAGAAACUUUACACAGACACAAGUAAGAAACCAGGUUUGAUCAAGUCUCUGCUAAAUUAGUUGAUCCUGGCCUUGUCAGCAAUAUUUGCAAUUGACCUUUGAGUCCCUGGGUAAGAAAGAAGAAAGUUAGUCAAGUUUCCUCCUCUAAUAGCUAUUCAGCAAGAUCUGCUAGAAGUGCACGUGUGUAAAUAUCUGUUAAGGAUGGGACCAUGCUCAGCUGUCUCUCAAAGUUUGAUAGUCUGCCAAAGUUCACUGUCUGGCUUAGGCAUGAAUGCUUUCUUUGUAGAGUUACCUGAGGAUGACCAUUCAUAGAACUAAACGCUGGCAUUGACUAAAUGCUAAUAGAAAUGGUUGGGUGGGGGAAGAAACUUAUUGGGAAGCAUGAGUAUUUAUGUAACAAAGGGCAAUCUCAUAACAAUUAAUCUUCCAGUAGUGAGCGUCACUGCGCAGAGCACACUGCAGAAACCAAAAUAGACCGAAUAAACCCAUUUUUGUUUUAAAGCUUUGGCGUGAUUGGAAGGCACUUAUCCAGUCUUGAGGUUUGGUUGACUUUCACUACUGCUUGAGAUUUACUCUUGCAGUUUGCAAGCACCAUCUGAAGCCAUUGAUUAGAUUGCCAUGUUGUAAUCAGUCCCAGAUGUCCAUUAUUCUUUGUGUAAGUGAAAGACAUAUAUAAAAUAAUUUAGUAUCUUCUAGUACAUUCACCAAACUGCAAUGCAAAAAAGGUUUUUUAAAGAAGAAUGUAUUUUAAGAUGUAUGUGCAGUACUGUUUUUUGUGCACUGUAUGACCCAAGUUCUGUUUUACAGUAAAAUUACCAGUAUAAAAUA